AGCAUUCUGUAGAGCGGGGUUGGAGUGAGCUGAGAACAACUGCCAAGUUUCACUAAUGACUUCAGAUUCCUUGAAGUAUUCUGUGAAAUGUCAGCAGCUCUGAUGUGAACAACACAACAGAAGGACAGAAGACAGAAAACAAAGAACCAAGACAAAUGGUUAAAAAAUUAAUUUAGCUCUUCAAAUUAGAGCAACAUAACCAGGAGAAAAUAGAGUGGUAAAAUUUCUUUACUCCUAAGACAUUUUUCUUUGUCUGUGCUCGAAGAUUUGCUUCUGAGAAACUAAGCCGUCAGCAAUGGUGACUAGAAGGCUUCGGGGACACAUCCUGGUCUUCAUUUUAUUGACGCCAGUGACUGGGGCUCCAUCCAGCGAACCUGGUGUGGAGAGAGCAUCGACUCAGGACAUGUGUAUCCGCUGUUGUGACCCCCAUGAGUACACCAUGCCUCCAACUGGAGAGGGCAACCCGUCGUCGAGCCCGCACCAGGGUACUUAUAGCCCUCCCUACCCCAUGCCUCAAGUCUACCCUCAUAUCAACAUUACCAUCCUCAAAGGUGAGAAAGGAGAGAGGGGAGAUCGAGGACCUCAGGGAAAGCUGGGAAAGGAAGGGCCUAUGGGUCUCCGAGGCCCCACAGGAGCCAAAGGGGACCAGGGCCAAGCAGGUAUCCCAGGAGAUUCUUACAAGCAGCACUACUCAGCCUUCUCAGUAGGCCGUAGGAAAGGCCUCCACAGCAGCGACUACUACCAAACCUUGAUCUUUGACACAACGUUUGUGAACCUUUAUGGUCACUUCAACAUGUUCAAGGGCAAGUUCUACUGCUACAUCCCAGGGAUCUACUAUUUCAACCUCAACAUCCACACGUGGAACUUCAAAGAGACCUACCUUCACAUCAUGAAGAACAACCAGGACAUGGUGAUCUGCUACGCCCAGCCCAGCAACCGCAGCAUCAUGCAGAGCCAGAGCAUCAUGCUGGAGCUACAGCAGAAUGAUGAAGUGUGGGUCCGCCUCUACAAACGUGAGCGGGAAAACGCGGUCUACAGCGACGAUGUUGACAUUUAUGUGACCUUCAACGGUUAUCUCAUAAAACCCAACCUGGACUAGGAACCCCCUCGAUUUUCCAUACACCCCUCAUUUUUCCAUCCUGCUUCACUUUAUAGGAAACAUCUUCAGUUAUUCCAUUGUGCUUUACAUGGGACCUCAGCUUAUGUCAGCAACACUCACUCACCUGGAAUCACUCAUGUUGGUUUUAUUGUUUGAUCCACAUAGAUGCCAUCAUCAUCAUUAUAUGCCAUGUCGUAUGUAUGAUCAUGGUCUCAAGGGCAUGAUUCUUCUUGGCAAACUUUUCUACAGAAGUGGUUUGCCAUUGCCUCCUUCUGGGCAGUGUCUUUACAAGAUAGGUUACCCCAGCCAUUACCAAUUCUCUUCAGAGAUUGUCUGCCUGGAGUCAGUGGUCACAUAACCAACACUUGUGAUGUGCACCAGCUGCUCGCACGACAAUCCACCUCCUGCUCCCAUGCCUUCACAUGACCCUGAGCAGGUGCUACACCUUGCCCAAGGGUGACCUGCAGGCUAGCAGAGUGAAGGAGCGCCUUAUGCCUAUGCUACUCAGCAUAGACGGCAGUAUAUUAAUUAAGCUGCUUUGUUAAAGCAAUGAUAAAAAGAGCAAAAAUAAUGCUCACAUGUAGGCCUUUAACUCUGAUCUAUAUAAAGGACAAGUUUCAAAAAGUCAAUGAUUUCAGAUUUUAAUAUCCUCAUAACAGGAGUGCCCCAGGACUGAGAUCAAGUGUAAUCACUCAGUGGGUUUAUGCUUGAAGGAGCAAGGUGCAGAUAUUUAAUACAGCUACCAUUUUACAUUCAUAAUUACUUCAGUUGAGUAAAGAAUUAUCAUUCAUUCAGGAUGCCGCAAAGAGCUUUCCACCCAAUGAAUUUCAAUAUGAACUGUUGGCACUUUUUAAAUAAACUUUGAUUUCUUGUUAUAGAAAAAAAUAGGAAAAAAAUUCAGUAAUUUGGAACGUUGCCAGGUGUAGUGGUGGAGGUAGAUUUGAUAGAGGUGUUUAAAAGGUUCUUAGACAGACACAUGCAGAGAAUGGUGUGGGGGGAUGUGCGUUAUGUGCAGGAAGAACAUGGAGCACAGAAUACAGACACUGCUCGGGCCAUCAGACCUACAAUUGUGUGCUGAUCUUGAUGACAAUUGAUACUCAAUGACCUCCUCCUGCAUAUCAUAAGACCUUAAGACCAUAAGACACAGGAGCGGAAUUAGGCCAUUUAACCCAUCGAGUCUGCUCCCCCUUCCAUCAUGGCUGAUUUAUUACCCCUCUCAAUCCCAUUCUCUUGCCUUCUUCUGUAACCUUUGACAUCCUGACUAACCACAAACCUAUCAACCUCUGCUUUAAGUAUGUCCAAUUACUUUGACUCCACAGCUAUCUGUGGGAAUGAAUUCCACAGAUUCAUCACCCUCUUAGAAACCAUAGAAACCAUAGAAACUACAGCACAGAAACAGGCCUUUUGGCCCUUCUUGGCUGUGCCCAAGCAUUUUCUGCCUAGUCCCACUGACCUGCACACGGACCAUAUCCCUCCAUACACCUCCCAUCCAUGUAUCUGUCCAAUUUAUUCUUAAAUGUUAAAAAAGAACCCACAUUUACCACCUCGUCUGGCAGCUCAUUCCAUACUCCCACCACUCUCUGUGUGAAGAAGCCCCCCCCAAUGUUCCCUUUAAACUUUUCCCCCCUCACCCUUAACCCAUGUCCUCUGGUUUUUUUCUCCCCUUGCCUCAGUGGAAAAAGCCUGCUUGUAUUCGCUCUAUCUAUACCCAUCAUAAUUUUAUAUACCUCUAUCAAAUCUCCCCUCAUUCUUCUACGCUCCAGGGAAUAAAGUCCUAACCUAUUCAACCUUUCUCUGUAACUGAGUUUCUCAAGUCCCGGCAACAUCCUUGUAAACCUUCUCUGCACUCUUUCAACCUUAUUUAUAUCCUUCCUGUAAUUUGGUGACCAAAACUGAACACAAUACUCCAGGUUCGGCCUCAUCAAUGCCUUAUACAACCUCAUCAUACCAUUCCAGCUCUUAUACUCAAUACUUUGAUUAAUAAAGGCCAAUGUACCAAAAGCUCUCUUUACGACCCUAUC